AUGUAUUCACCAACACAUCCCAUUUUGAGGCAGCUGUAUCAAGGUAAACAGCUCUUACACUUGCUGAGAAUGACUUCCCUUGAAAGUGUCAGAACGGCUGUUAGCCUCCAGCACGAUAAGGCCUACAUCGACGGUAAAUGGGUGUCGGCCAAAUCUGGAAACACUUUCAAAGUAUUGAACCCCUCCACUGGGCAAGUGCUGGGAUCUGUGCCAGACAUGGACAGGUCAGAUGUGCAGCAGGCCAUCGAUGUUGCUUACAGAACUUUCCAGACUUGGAAGAACACCACAGCCAAGGAGAGGAGUAUUGUCUUAAAGAAAUGGUUUGACCUCUGCCUGCAGCACAAGAAGGAGCUAGCCACUCUACUGACCUUGGAAAUGGGCAAGCCUGUCUCCGAGGCUGAAGGAGAGAUUGUCUAUGGUUCAGGUUUUCUGGAGUGGUUUGCUGAGGAGGCUAAACGUACCUACGGUGACGUCAUCCCCCAACCCACUAGCAACAAGAGGAUGCUAGUGCUGAAACAGCCUGUAGGCGUAGCAGGCUUGAUUACACCUUGGAAUUUCCCCAAUGCCAUGAUCACACGUAAAGUUGGAGCUGCUGUCGCUGCCGGCUGUACGGUUGUGUUGAGACCAGCUGAAGAUACACCUCUGUCUGCUCUAGCCCUUUGUGAGCUGGCAGAGAAAGCUGGUCUCCCACCAGGUGUCUUCAAUGUUGUCACUAGCAACAGGGAUAAUGCUGGACCAAUCGGCAAGGAGCUCUGUGAGAACUCUCUAGUCUCCAAGAUUUCUUUCACUGGAUCCACGGCUGUAGGCAAGAUCCUGCUGUCACAGUGUGCCAGUACUGUAAAGAGAGUGUCCCUGGAACUUGGAGGAAAUGCCCCGUUUAUCGUGUUUGACAGCGCAGAUGUUGACCUGGCUGUCAGCGGACUCAUGAGCUGUAAGUUCAGGUGUUCAGGCCAGACUUGUAUCUGUGCCAACCGUGUGCUAGUACAAGCUGGCAUCUACGACAGGUUUGUGGAAGCCCUGGCCAAAGUCAUCAAGUCUCAACUCAAGGUCGGCGAUGGCCUCAGUGCUGCCACCACCCAAGGUCCUCUUAUUAACGAGAGAGCCGUGGAAAAGGUGGAUGGCCUGGUGAAGGAUGCGGUCAGUAAAGGUGCCAGUGUUGUCUGCGGAGGCAGCCGGGAUAGUCUGGGAGCUAACUUCUACCAGCCCACCUUGCUGUCUGGCGUCACCUCCAGCAUGAGGAUUGCACAGGAGGAAAUAUUUGGUCCAGUGGCUUCAGUCAUCAAGUUUCAGACGGAAGAGGAAGCCCUUGCCGUCGCCAACAGUGUGACUUCUGGUCUAGCAGGUUACUUCUACACCUCAGACAUCGCCCAGGCGUGGAGAGUCUCGGAGAAGCUGGAAUACGGUCUCGUUGGGGUCAACGAAGGUGCCAUAUCCACUGUGGAGUCUACAUUUGGGGGCUGGAAGGAGUCUGGCAUCGGUCGAGAAGGUGGCAAAUACGGAAUUAAUGAGUACCUGGAAAUGAAAUACGUUUGCUACGGGGGAAUUCAGUAA